AUGUUUUAUAUAUUAAGAGAUGAAAUUGGCCUGAUCCCAUGUCCUGAAGCAAGAUAUAACCGGAGUCCCAUAGUCCUGGUUGAAAAUAAACUCGGUGUGGAGAGUUGGUGUGUCAAGUUCCUUUUACCCUACGUCCACAACAAGCUCCUUUUAUACAGAACAAGAAAGCAGUGGCUGAACAAAGACGAAUUGAUAGAUGUCACGUGCACCCUGCUCCUUCUAAACCCAGACUUUACCACUGCAUGGAACGUGAGGAAAGAGCUGAUCCUCUCUGGCACUUUAAAUCCAAUUAAGGACUUAUAUCUGGGAAAACUGGCCUUAACUAAGUUUCCAAAGAGUCCAGAAACAUGGAUUCAUAGGCGAUGGGUGCUACAACAACUGAUUCAAGAAAGUUCCUUACCUUCCUUUGUGGCCAAAGGAAACUUGGGAACAAUACCUGCAGAGAGGACUCAGCGACUCAUACAAGAAGAGAUGGAAGUGUGUGGCGAAGCAGCAGGGAGAUACCCGAGCAACUAUAAUGCCUGGUCCCAUCGCAUCUGGGUUUUACAACACCUGGCCAAGCUAGACGUCAAGAUCCUUCUUGAUGAACUGUCUUCUACUAAACAUUGGGCAUCCGUACAUGUUUCAGACCACAGUGGAUUUCACUACCGCCAGUUUUUACUCAAGUCUUUGAUUAGCCAAACUGUGACAGAUACUUCUGUAUUAGAGCAAAACUCUUUGAGAAGUGAAGCUACUCUAGUUCUUCCAAAAGAUGAAGAAGCGACAGCUUCAGCAGAAGAAUCAAGGAUCAAUCUACCCCAGCUUCUAGAAGAAGAAGUUGAAUUCACCACAGAUCUUAUUGACUCCUACCCAGGGCAUGAAACUCUUUGGUGUCAUAGGCGGCAUGCUUUCUACCUUCAACAUCAUUUAAAUGGUAGGCUUCCUGGCAGCAUGACCCAGCUGUCACCUGCAGAUAGCCCCGGAAGAGCUUUGUAUGAUUUGCACCUCAUCCCAGCAGGUCCCCAGCUAUCUCAGGCAAUGGAAGUAGAUGGACUGAAUGACUCUAGCAAGCAAGGCUAUUCCCAGGAAACCAAGCGCCUGAAGCGAACCCCAGCUCCAGACUCCCUAGGCCUAGAAAUGGAGCACAGGUUCAUUGAUCAAGUGUUAUCCACCUGUCGGAACGUCGAGCAAGCCAGGUAUGCCAAUGCAUACAGGAAAUGGCUGGUCACAUUGAGUCAAUGAAAGAAUUGGGGUGAUCCAUAGAGUUCCCCUUUUAGUGCAAUACUGCUUUCUUACUGACAUAGUUGCACCAACUUUUUGCUCUUCCUAGGUAACUGUGUGCUCCUCAUCUGUAAGUUAAAAGUCCAUAGUAACUAUUUAUUUUAAAAAUACAUUCCUUUGGGGAUAAAGUAAUAAUUGUCUAGUUCCAUCCUGCUAAACAGUAAGUCUUAUUUUUUUUUCAAUUUCUUACACUCUAUUUCUAUGUUGGGCUUCUCAUUUGGACCUUCUAAUGAGUUUAUAUGUAUACCUUUACCUACUUCAGUUCAGUUGGUGCAUAGCCAAAUUUUUUUAAUUAAAAUUUUACAUUGUAGUUCA